GUCUUCCGCAUUAGUGCCGAUCCGCCCGUGACGUCCGUGUAGUCAGUGGUAGGGCGGGUUUGUUGUAGUGGGCAGCUGUGGUAGAACUCUUCACACUGGUUACGGUUUGGGGGCAGGAGAGAGACCCCCUUCCUCAUGGCUAUGAACUACAAGGAGGAAGAUGGGCACCAGGGUCUGGGGCCCGGGCCGGCGGUGAAAAGUAAGAAGCCGGAUAACACUGCUUUCAAGCAGCAGCGGCUUCCGGCAUGGCAGCCGAUUCUCACUGCCGGGACCGUGCUGCCCGCCUUCUUCAUCAUCGGGAUCAUCUUCAUCCCUAUAGGAAUCGGCAUCUUCGUCACCUCCAAUAACAUCAGAGAGUACGAGAUUGACUACACUGGAAUAGAUCCAAAUAGCCCUUGUUACAAGUGCUUGAACAUCUCUUGGAACAACAACAGCACAUGUCUUUGUACUAUUAAUUUCACCCUGGAUAAUGCAUUUGAGGGCAACGUGUACAUGUAUUAUGGGCUGUCUAACUUCUAUCAGAACCAUCGGCGGUAUGUGAAGUCUAGAGAUGACAGUCAGCUGAAUGGAGACUCGAACUCUCUUACGAACCCCAGCAAGGAAUGUGACCCCUAUCGUGUGAAUCAGAACAAACCCAUCGCUCCCUGUGGGGCCAUUGCUAACAGUAUGUUCAAUGAUUCUUUUAGCUUAUAUCAGAUCAAAAAUGGAACCGAAAUAGAAAUUCCACUGGCCAAAAAAGGUCUUGCAUGGUGGACCGAUAAAAAUGUGAAGUUCAGAAAUCCAACAGGAAAUUUAUCUGAUGCACUUAAAGAUACCACAAAGCCAAUAAAUUGGCGGAAACCAGUCUAUGAGCUAGAUCCAAACGACCCAGAAAACAAUGGCUUUAUCAAUGAAGAUUUCAUCGUGUGGAUGCGCACUGCGGCACUGCCUACCUUCAGAAAGCUUUAUCGGUUGAUAGAGAAGGGUGAAUCAUCAUUUGCUGCCUUGGCGCCUGGAAAUUACUCUCUGCAUAUAGAAUACAAUUACCCUGUUCUCAGCUUUGAUGGAAGGAAGAGAAUGAUCCUCAGCACAAUCUCCUGGAUGGGGGGAAAGAAUCCGUUCUUGGGCAUUGCAUACAUCACUGUGGGCUCCAUCUGCUUUUUCCUGGGUGUUGUGCUGCUUAUUAUCCACCAUAAAUAUGGAAAUCGCAACAGCGGUGCUGAUAUUCCCAACUAAUCCUUUGCAUCAUGUCUUGCAUGUGCAUCUAGGCAAGUCUGCACUAGCCGCCUCCUCUAGUAUUUUGAUUCCUAUUUAUUUUAUGAAAUGGGGUUCUUUUAAACCAUGUCUUUUACUGUACCUGGGAAUAAAAUGCAAGGAAAAAGUUUUACCAACCAAAGUGUAUCUCGUGAAAAUGGAAGCUCAUUCCCUUGGUCACUCCUCAUUGUAACACAGAUGCAGGGCAAGUUUCCAAUGAGAUAUAUGCAUCAUUUCCUUUUAUAUAUUAAGUAUUUCUAAAUCUUAGUUUUUUUGGGCCCAGAAUUAUUACUUUGUUUAUAGCUUUGCUGGAUCCAUUUUUGGAAGCUGACAGAUCCCAUUCUCUUAUAGUAGGAUCUAUUAGGACUCCAGUAUUUUUGAGAGCCAGAAUAGCCCUGAAGGUUGCCCUCUUCUUGCUGUCAUAAAUCCAAGUACCCCAGAUGGAAAACACAAAAUGUUAAUGUGUGUAGACCAGGGAUGCCCAACCUGCUGUUGCAAAACUACAACUCCCAUCAUACCAAUACAGCCUACUGCAGGGCAUGGUGGGAGUUGUAGUUUUACGACAGCUGCGGCAUCCCUGGUAUAGACCAUACAAAGCGUAUAAGGUAAACUUCUCAAAUAACCUAAUGUGGCCAUGCUAACAGCAGCACUUCCCUGUUCAUUAGCAGAACAGCAAGUAUUAAUUGUACACGUUUAAUGAGCACAACAAUGUGAUUAUUGACCUGAUUUGGGGUCGUGCCGAUAUUUACACUGUACACAAAUGUCUCCAUUAUGGGCAAGCAGUUCUUAAAAGGUUACGUAAAAUCUUCUCAAACUUUCCUCUAAAAAGUGAAGUAAACUGUUUAUAGAGAGUCAACUGAAAUGAGCCACUACUCUUUUCUGUACAACUGUAUAUAAAACCUGUCUAUGUAUUUCUGAUGUAAUAAGAUGUCACCACUGCUAUCUGUAGAUGGGCGGCCCUGCAUUGUCUCCAUUUUUAUGCACAAUCUGUACAACCUUUAGAACUGAUCUCUGUGGAAAAAUCCUAUAGUUUGAUUCGACAUGUCUGGGUGGUUACCAGUUAGUAUUUUUAGCACAUGGAUUUUCCAUCUGGUUGAAGGGUGAUGGCCACCACUGGUGCUGCAGAUGAUCUAAGGGUUUUCUUCUGUAGUCCAUACAGGUACAUUUGGGUUGAGUUCUGGCUAGUUGUGAUGUUUUCUCACUUACAUCCGCCAUUAGGAUUCUGUCACAGAAGAAGUUAUCCAGCGAACUCUCCACUGGUGAACAAAUUCUUGAGGGUAGCAGUAGUCUUGAGGGUAACUGCCCAUCUACACUACUGUUUCUAUUUCCAUUGGUGAAUGUACUGUUAAGCAGUAUAAAAUAUAUGCAUCACAAUAACAAUCCUAAAAUAAUUUUCAAACUGUUGCAUCUGAAAAAAUUAUUUUUUUCAAUUUUAGGAGGCCAAUUUAAACUUUUAAAAUAUAUAUGGUAUGUGUUCAAAUUGUUUCAGCCAAAGGCAAAAGUGGAUCCAGCAAACAGGGAUUAUAAGCCCUUCCUUUAUAUUUCUGAUACCUUUUUUAAAUCCAUUUCUGUCCUUGGCUUAAAAAUAUACAGGAAAAUCUGCAUCCAAACCUCCUCCAAAAAACUCAUUUUGAACCUAGCCAUAAAGUGUCUUGUAGGAACCUGACUAAGGGCUCAUGAAUCUGGCCGUUGUGUGCACCAUCGUGAUCCGUCCGCACCGUUCCUCCGUUCUGCACAGCACCAUCCAGAUUGCGGACCCAUUCAAGUGAAUGGGUCCACAUCCGUGAUACGGUACACAAACUGCUGCAAUACGAGAACGGCCGUCUGCAUGAGCCCUUACAAGACUUUGAAAGCUGAUGGAAAUCUUGAUUAUGGCACUGAACAUGGAACAUUGAUGCUUAAGAAAAAACGUUAGACCCCUUUCAGACAAGCGAGUGUCACACUCUGGACUCGCAGCGCAGCACUCGUCCUGAACUUCGAGCACUGCUGAGGUUACAUAGCGUUAUAUAGAUUUAUGAUGCUAUGUAACCCUUAGAGGUCUGUAAUGUAUAGGAUAACACUGACAGAAUUAUGUCAACGUUAUCCAAUACAUUCCAGAACUGUAAGCGUUACAUAUCAUAAAUCAAUAUAAUGCUAUGCGACCCCGGUAGUGCUGGAAGGGGACGGGUGCUGUGCUGUGAGUCCGGAGCGUGACACUCGCUCUAAAAGGGGCCUUACGGGAAAAUGGCAACUAGAAAUUCUUAGCAAUUAAACCUAUGCAAGAUAAUCAACCCUCACCCCAACCACCUUUUUUGUGUCCUUUUCUUUGCUUGUGCUCAUGUUAAAGUGUACCUAAAUGUUAUCUUAUUUUUCAUAAUUCAGUAGUAUAGGUGAAAAUGGUGAACUUUGUAAUAUUUUCUUAGUUUCUGCACUUUCCUCCCUACAGAGUUCAUGGUUACCUUCCAUACUAUUGAAUGAUGACAAAUAAAUUAAAAGCUUAGGUAUGCAAAUUUUCUCAACAGCUUCCCCAUACACAUAUAUAUGCAGUAAGUAUAUUCUAUGGGGAGAGCGGAGAACAAAAGGAUCAGACAAAAAUAUUGUCUUCCCCCAACAUCAUCUGUCCAGAAAGAGAAGGGAACUCCCCACACACAUUAGCGUGUCAGCCGAACCUGCCAUUCUUGUAUGGCCAGCUUUAAAAAUGAAGUUACCGCUAAGAUUGGAUCUAGCACAUGUGUAAGAGGAAUGGCCGUACUUGCUUGAAAUAUGAUGCUCUCUUGCUGCUUGUUUAGUUGUAUGUUAUAUGCACAUGGUGAAGGGUAUAUUGUAGGUAGAUAAAUGAUGUGAAUAUUCAUUCUAAAAUCUGUUUUUGCGUAAGUUAUUUCUUCAUCCUUUUUAUCUUACAUUUUAGCAUAUGUGUAUAUUUGUUUGUAUGUUUUCACAAGAAGAAUUCUUGCACCAAAAAUAGCUAGAAAUGGUCUUCCAGCUCUUGAAAUUGUCUCGCUGGUAUAAUUUUGUUCUCUGUUUGGUUGUUGAAUGCAGUAGCGAAGUCUAUAUAUCCGGCAUAUUUUAUGAAUGUAUACAGUGUCUCUUUUCAAGGGUACAUGAUAAAACCUUUGGGAUAUCCUAAUGAUCUGUUAGAAGAUUUGGUAGGUGGAGCUACGAUUGCUGAGACCACCACCAAGCACCACUCCCGCUCUUCUAUGAUCAGCUAGUGAUCACAGCCAAAGGGCGGUAGUGCUUUUCCCCUCGUUUCAGCAAUCUGUGGAUCUCAGCACCUAGGCCUCCACAGAUGAAAACUUCUGAUGUCACUAUGAUAUGUCAAAAGUUUUAUGACAUGACCGGUGCCCUUUGAGAUAGUGUUGUUUGAUCUAAUACAGUGUUUCUCAAACCAGUCCAACACUCCUCUGGAUUCCUAUAUACGGUAGAAAACACAUGCUAAAUGAUUUCGUGAAAUUUAUUUAAUCAAACCACCCGUGCAAUAUUAGGGGUAUGUUCACACACCGCUUUUCAUCUGCAAGUAAACUAUUGAAAAUAUGCAUGAGUUUCUGUUGUGAUUUUCAAAACCACAAACACAUGAAAAACUAAAAAAAGAAAAAAAAGAAAAAAAAAGAAAAAUAUAUAUAUAUAUAUAUAUAUAUAUAUAUAUUUUUUUUUAACCGCACCUCAACUGCUUUGUAUAAACAUAACCCUAAGGAAUUUCUCAAGUCAAGAACUAGAUUGGGAACCAUUAAAGUAUAGCCUUACCCACAAUAACCAAUAAGGUGGCAGCUUACAUUUUUCGGAGGCUUGUUUUUAAAUUAAAGGUAUACCCUGGUUGGUUGCUUAACAGCAAAAAAUUAAAUAAAAAAUCUGUCCCAUAGGCUUUAUAUACUCACAAGCCAGCCGUAGUAAUGGGGCUCUGAAGCUAUUGAGCUGUCCUAGUUCCUUCUACUCUUUGGAGGAAUACUUGAAUAGGAGAUAUGCAAGGCAUCUACAUCUUUAUACAUUGAUGCAGCAGAUGGCUAUCAUCUGGACCCUCGAUUGGCGGCGAUCUGUCCUGGCCCCCAUGAACACACACGUCCUCUGUGGGGAGAGGGAGACAGUUCUCUGCAUGAGAGACUACUCACAUGAAGGCAUUGAACCUGUGUGAAUAGAGCCUGACAGUUUUGUCAGCAGCUUGUCUCCCAGAAAAAAUAAUCGGCAGGUUCAAAUCUAACAUGGCCAAUGCACAACCAUGCUGCUCUCCCUCAUACACAUUUAAAUAUUGUCAAGGCUUAAAGGGGUUUUCUGAGGUAAGGAGGAGUAAUGCGGUAAAGUGAUGAAAGAUCAUUUCCACACCUGAUGAAGCCCCUUCCGUUCAAGCACUGGCAGUCUUUGUUCAGGCUAGUUUCAGGCCCUCACGGCAUGAUGAUUGAUAAUGCUGUGUCUCUACCUGACCGGCUGUAAUGAAUUGUACUGGCGGCCUCAUGUCAGUACAGUUACAGAUGAUGUCGGGCAACGACACGCAGCAUUAUAAUGCUGUUAAGUCCCAUUACAAGAGCAUAGUCCAGGACAGGAAAUCACGUUUUCCUGCAGAAAACUUACUUGUCUGAAGGUCUGGCCGUUCUGUGCAUUGGGGACCACAAUUUGCGGUCCCCAUUGCACAGCAACAUCCAUGCGGCGGCCGCAGACAGAUCCAGACCCAUUCAACUUGAAGUCUGUGAUCUGUCCACACCGCAAAAAAGUAGUGCAUGCACUACUCUUUUUGUGGUGCGGAGGCACAGACAGAAAACCCACAGAAGUACUCCGUGGGCUUCCGUUCCGCAUCUCCCGGAUUGCGGACCCAUUGAAGCGAAUGGGUCCGUGAUGCAGAAUGCACACGGCUGGUGCCAGUGUAUUGCGGGCCGCAGUACAACCAUGGGCAGCACACGGUUGUGUGCAUGAGCCCUUACUGUGAUGAUGUGCCCUUGUACCCACAUGACCAGUACAGCCAAUCUCUGGUCUCAUUGGUCUUGCGCUAUGUACUCAGCUUAGGUCAUUAAUCGGCUGCAGCCAAAUUCUAGCUUGUAAACCAGACUGCUGCCAAAAUAAAAUGCAGUUGUAUAAAAUUAGAGUAAUAGGCUCUAUAGGCAGAACAAUAUAAUAGGACCGUCAGCUGGAAAUAUUUUGAGGAGCAGCUGAGCAUGGGCUUCAUGCUUACCCGUAGUGUCCUACUAGUAAAGCGCCAGUAAAUCUUCCCUGGUUGCAAGAUGGGGUGUGGAAAAGCUACUGCCACUGGAACCACUGUACUGUUUUCCUAGUUCUGUCAUUUUACAUUGUUUUCUUCAGUUAAUACACCAUCUUCUAGAAUGUAGACCUGGUAUUUGUGUCAUUAAUGGAAAACUUUAUGGACGGAAAUAAAAUUGUAACAUUCAUUUUGAAA